AUGGCGCAAGCAAAUCUGCUCCUGAGUGAUGUCAGGUUUGGUGACUAUAUCUUAGAUGUCACCACCAGGCAGACGCAGCCGGUUUGGAAUCCACCUUGGGGAGGAAACGAAGGACUGUUCAGGGUUCCAGCUAUUCAGCAACAGCAAGUGAUUCGACAUGAGGCUCAGAACAGUUCUGUUCGGAGUGCUGCCGAAGCCAGUGUCAACACUUCUAUCGUUUCCUUUUUGCAAGCCAUUGCAGAUCUGGUUCCUCAGUCUGGACGCCAGUGGACGGCUGAUAGUCGUCGGAUUUUGGCACUCAUCGAGUGUAAACGAUCGCGGCGGGAGAACCAUUCCCCAGCGGUUGAUAUGCAGGAGGUCGCGCAGAUGGUGGCAUGGGUGAAGCAGCACCUCGGCGCACCAGGAAAUGAUAUGAGAGUCCUUGUGUCGCAGGACGGGACUGAUGUUUAUAUCUCGGUCUUUCAGUACGACCAGGGUUGGUUACGGUAUCUCAAUGGAGGUCCCGGGAGUAUCGCGCAUGCUGGGUUUGCCUACAUGCACAGGUAUGGCCCCUGGAACAUCCAGGAAGCAAUAGAGAUGGAGCAUUUUGCUCGAAUAAUCGCCGCUCUGCUACUUCUAUAG